UCUCUCUCUCUCUCUCUCUCUCUCUCUCUCUCUCUCUCUGUGGACAACACAAAAGUACCUUGAUUUCGAUCGGGUCGGUUUCUUCUUGAAUCAGUGGAUUGCGGGUUUGAUUCCUUGCUUCUAUCUGCCUUGUCUGGGUCUUUCUUGGUUUGUGGCAAUCUUGUCAAACUGAGUCCAGAAAGUCGGAAGAAGAUUUCAGCUCAUUAUUUACAGUGGUUCCAAGAACUCCCCUAGUUAAAGAACUUUUUUCGAGGAUCGUUUCUGCUUAGCCAUGGCAAGCAACGAAAAUCUUCCACCGAAUGUUGUCAAGCAACUCGCUAAGGAACUCAAGAAUCUUGAUGAAUCCCCUCCAGAUGGCAUCAAAGUCAUGGUGAAUGACGAAGAUUUUUCAACAAUAUAUGCUGAUAUUGAAGGCCCAGUUGGGACCCCGUAUGAGAAUGGCGUUUUUCGCUUGAAGUUGUCCUUGUCACACGACUUUCCUCAUUCUCCUCCUAAAGGUUACUUCCUAACGAAGGUUUUCCAUCCUAAUAUUGCAACCAACGGAGAGAUCUGUGUUAAUACGCUUAAAAAGGAUUGGAACCCAACUCUUGGAUUACGUCAUGUACUCACUGUAGUGAGGUGCUUACUGAUCGAACCAUUUCCGGAAUCUGCCCUAAAUGAACAGGCAGGCAAGAUGCUACUUGAAAAAUAUGAUGAAUAUGCACGUCAUGCUCGGCUUUACACUGGUAUCCAUGCCAAACCAAAACCUAAAUUCAAGACAGGGGCUAUCUCAGAGUCUAUGACGGCUCUAAACAUUGACCAGACUAAAACAACUGUCGACCAGAACAACGAGAUGCCUAAUGGUGCGAAUCCGAUACUUACUUUAAUGGCAGACAUCAAGAGAGCAACAACUAGCGGCCAGGACCAACAAGUGGCAAACCCGGUCGGAGCAGCCCCUUCAGGAUCCAUAACUGUAUCAGGAAAAGCAGUAUGUACGCAUAAAAAGGAAGCGGGAUUGGCCAAGGUUCAGGUGGAGAAGAAGAAAGUAGAUGCCCGAAAGAAAAGCUUGAAGAGACUGUGACGCUAUGUUAGUAUCUCAACUCUCCCCCAAACUGUUGUUUUGAUUUCAUAGGAGGGCUCUCUGUUUGUCUGUGACGAUUACUGUCAUUGUGGGGAAUAAAGUUAAAAACACAGAAGGCCAUGACAAGAGUGACCUUGGUAUAAUCUUUCUGCAAUUCUUCUGUACA